UAGACAUUCAAAGACGCCCGCUCUCGCCUUUUCCUCUCAGAGCCUUCCCUCGCUCCGUCUCCUGUUAUUCUAGAUAGCGCUACACGUAGUCAUGUCGCAAAUGAGACUGCGCAUCGACGGGCGGACAUUCCGCGAUCCCCAGAACCGUGAGGUCACGCUCCAUGGCAUCAAUUGCGCCGCCGACGCGAAGUUCCCCGCAACCCCAGAUCUACCCUCGCAUGUUUCCGAGAAGUUCUUUGACGGCAACAACGUCUCCUUUGUCAACCGGCCGUUCUGUGUAGAAGAUGCUGGCACACACUUUUCACGACUGAGAAGUUGGGGCUACAACACGUUACGAUAUAUCUUUACAUGGGAGGCGAUAGAACAUGCAGGGCCAGGAAGGUACGACGAGGAGUGGAUAGAUCACACCAUAUCAGUGCUGAGGAAAGCAAAAGAGUAUGGGUUCUACAUCUUCAUGGACCCGCAUCAGGAUGUGUGGUCAAGAUUCUCUGGAGGCUCGGGAGCGCCCAUGUGGACACUCUACGCAUGCGGCCUCGAUCCUCAACACUUCGCCGUCACCGAGGCAUCACUCGUUCAGAACACCUACCCGGAGCCAGACAAGUUCCCCAAGAUGAUCUGGGCCACCAACUACACGCGACUCGCAUGCCAGGUCAUUUUCACACUGUUCUUUGGUGGACGAGACUUUGCGCCAAAGGCCAUCAUCGAUGGCAAGAACAUCCAGGAUUACCUUACAGACCAUUACAUCGGAGCUGUCGAACACCUCGCCAAGCGCAUCCAUGAUGCAGGCGACCUCGAGUACGACCCAAUUGUUGGAUGGGAAAGUUUGAACGAGCCCAACAAAGGCUUGAUCAGCUACCAGGACAUUACUGUCAUCCCCAAGGAGCAGCAACUAAAGAAGGGCACAACACCUACCGCGUGGCAAGCUAUACUAACCGGAUCUGGUCGUGCUUGCGAGGUUGAGACUUGGGACUUCGGUGGCAUGGGACCAUACAAGUCAGGAACAGCUCUGAUCGACCCCGAGGGCAAGUCAGCAUGGCUGCCAAAGGACUACGACGAAACCCAUCAUGGCUGGAAGCGUGAUCCUGGCUGGAAGCUUGGCGAAUGCAUCUGGGCGCAACAUGACGUUUGGGAUCCAACAACCGACACCCUUCUCAAGAAGGACCAUUUUGGGAAAGACCCCAAGAAUGGCGCCACAAUUGACACGGAAUAUUUCACGAACCACUACUGGAUGGUGCAUUACCGAGCCUACAGCAAGAUGAUCAAAUCAAUCUUCCCUGACUCGCUCAUGUUCUUCCAGCCACCGGUGCUCGAGAUACCACCCAGGAUCAAGGGGACUUCGGAUGAUGACCCCAACAUCAUCUUCUCGCCGCAUUUCUACGACGGCAUCACGUUGUUGACCAAGAAGUGGAACCGAGUGUGGAACAUUGAUGUCUUCGGCGUGCUGCGAGGGAAGUACUUGACGCCUGCAUUUGCUAUCAAGAUUGGAGAGAACGCGAUCAGGAACUGCUUUGCCCAUCAGCUGAAGGCUAUUCGGGAAGAAGGCACCGAGUAUAUGGGUGUGCACCCUUGCAUAUUCACCGAAAUCGGCAUUCCCUACGACAUGGACGACAAGUACGCAUACAAGACUGGCAACUAUAGCAGUCAAAUCGCUGCUCUAGAUGCCAACCACUUUGCGCUGGAGGAGAGUCAGGCAAAUGGGUUCGCGCUCUGGACCUACGUCACAACAAACACACACUACUGGGGCGACCAAUGGAACGGUGAAGAUCUGUCGAUAUUCUCACUGGACGACAAAGCGGUGCCGGCCGGUGCCUUCUCACCCUUGGAUUCCCGUGCGUCGCUCGACACCACUUCUCCUUCCUUUUCAAGAGCUCAAGCAUCGACAGAUAAUCUCAGCGUGACACCGAGCACGCUCAAGAAGACCAUCACAGAAGAUCGCAUGAGCUCGAGCAGGCGAGAAGGCGAUGUUGCAGGGUUACGCGCGGCCGAGGCAUUCAUUCGUCCCACACCUGUCGUUGUACAUGGAGACAUAUCGUCUUACGGCUUCGACCUGAAGACAUGCACAUUCAAGCUUGCUCUGCACGCACCAAGUUCGACGCCAGAGGAUGCACCAACGGUCAUCUACCUACCAGAGUUCCAUUACCCAACAUCGACAGUGGAGGUCAGCGGUGGGACCUGGGAGAUCAGCUCGGACGACAAGGAUGGAGCUUUGAAGCAGACGCUGCGAUGGCGACAUGCUGAAGGCGAUCAGACCAUUAUCGUAAAGGGUGUUGUAAGGAAACAAGGUGGUGCGCUAGGGACAGAAGAAGACGAGGGGUAUCUGCAGCAGUGCCGGAAGCAGAGCUGUGCGGUUAUGUAGAUGCAAGCAUCGAGGACGAUCAUCAGACCAUGGUUACACGACUUCCCCGCGACGGGUAUCCCCCCUCCACAUGCGCAGAUACAAUCCUGGGCGACGAUGUCGGCUAUCGGUGCUCAGCAUGUGUGUGCAGCGAGGUCUAGCCCAUCAGCAUCCACUCUGAUGUAAUGUCGUUCGACUCUCAGGUCACGCCGUCAGCAUUGUUUGCGCGCAAAUUGUUCGGACCUGCCGUCGCACCUGAUGCUCAGCGUACUCUCCAGAGCUGUGGCGCGGUCGAUCGAUGGGCAAAUGUAUAUAGAACCUGGUUUUGCACGGUGGACCUUUGACAUGAGUAGCUUUCUGAACCUGCCUGCUAGGCAGCUGACACCGCGACGCGUUUGAUUUGCA